UAGAGGGCGAAAAUUUCAGUAGUUGAUUUUCACUCAUCAACAUGUUCAAGUUCGUGAUUUUAUUGUCGGCUCUUGCCUGCGCUUUGGGCGCCACCGUACCUGAGGGUAUGUUGCCCCAAUUGGAUGGACGCAUUGUUGGCGGUGUUGCUACCACCAUCAACUCCUUCCCCUGGCAAAUCUCUUUGCAACGUUCCGGUUCCCACUCCUGCGGUGGUUCCGUGUACUCUGCCAAGAUCAUUGUCACCGCUGCCCAUUGCUUGCAAUCCGUUUCUGCUUCCGUCUUGAAGGUUCGUGCUGGCUCCAGCUACUGGAACUCUGGCGGUACCUUGGUUUCCGUUGCCGCUUUCAAGAACCACGAAGGUUACAACUCCAAGACCAUGGUUAACGAUAUCGCCGUCAUCCGUUUGUCCUCCUCCUUGACCAUGAGCUCCACCAUCAAGGCUAUUUCCUUGGCUUCCACCGCUCCCGCUAAUGGCGCUGCCGCCACCGUCUCUGGUUGGGGUACCACAUCUUCUGGCUCCUCCUCCAUCCCCACUCAAUUGCGUUAUGUCGAUGUUAAGAUUGUUGGCCGCACCCAAUGUGCUUCCUCCACCUAUGGUUAUGGCUCUGAAAUUAAGGCUAGCAUGAUCUGUGCCUACACUGUUGGUAAGGAUUCCUGCCAAGGUGACUCUGGCGGCCCAUUGGUCUCUGGUGGUGUUUUGGCUGGUGUUGUCUCCUGGGGCUAUGGCUGUGCCUACACCAACUACCCUGGUGUCUAUGCUGAUGUUGCUGCCCUCCGCUCCUGGGUUGUUAGCGCUGCUUCCUCUGUAUAAAUUUAAUUACGAACUUAAAUAAAUUUUCGAUAUUUUCUUUACAUUAAUCAAA